AUGUCGGACACCAUUAUGUUGGCAGUAGGAUGGAGAUUCUAUGGUGCUUGGGCCAGAUUUUUACAGCAGACUAUUGAAAAGGUGAGGGUGAUACAGGAUCGGAUGCAUGCAACUCAGAGUCAGCAGAAAUCCUAUGUAGAUAAGAGGAGAAGGUCGCUUGAGUUUGAGGCAGGUGACCAUGUGUUUCUCAGGAUUUCGAGGCAGAUCGGACCAGUGGCAUACGAGAUUGCUUUGUCGCCUCACUUGGCAAAUCUGCACAACAUCUUCCAUGUAUCACAACUUAGGAAGUACGUAGCAGAUCCUACUCAUGUGCUGAAGCAGGAUGAUGUUCAGGUGUGCGAGGACUUGACUAUGGGAGUUGAACCAGUGAAAAUCUUGGAUUCCCAAGUCAAGCAACUCAAAGGGAAGGAGAUUCGAACUGUGAAGGUUCUUUAG